GGUGUAGACACACACACACGCACACAGACACACACACAAACACGUCCUGCGGUGGCUUUGCUGCAAGCGGACCCGUUCAGCAGACAUGCCCGGCAUCGCCUCCAAGCUGCAGCGCGACAGGGAGAGAGCGCGCGGCGCCGGCAGCAACGCGCGCGCGGCGAAGCACCUGAACCAGGACUUCGAGGCUCUGCGGCGGAGCUGCGUGGAGUGCGGGCGGCUGUUCGAGGACGAGUGCUUUGGGCCGCUGCCCUCCUCGCUGGGCUACGACGAGCUGGGCCCGGGUUCGUACAAAGUCCGCGGGAUCAGCUGGAAGAGACCCACCGAACUGUGCUCCAAUCCCAAGUUUAUAAUCGAAGAUGCCACCAGGACCGAUAUAUGCCAAGGAGCACUUGGUGACUGCUGGCUCCUGGCAGCCAUCGCCUCCUUGACCCUUAACAAGCAGGUGCUGUCACGUGUGGUCCCCCACGGCCAAAGCUUUGACCAGCAGUACGCUGGCAUCUUUCAUUUCGAGUUCUGGCAGUUUGGCGAGUGGGUGGAUGUGGUGGUCGAUGACCGGCUGCCCACCAGAGACGGGGAGCUGCUGUUCGUUCACUCGGCUGAAGGCUCCGAGUUCUGGAGCGCCCUGCUGGAAAAGGCCUACGCUAAGCUGAACGGGUGCUACGAGGCCCUGUCAGGAGGAUCCACAACAGAGGGGUUUGAGGAUUUCACUGGGGGCAUCGCUGAAAGGCAUGACCUGCAAAAGGAAGGGCCGCACCUUUUCAAGAUCAUCAAGAAGGCCCUGGACAGAGGUUCCCUCCUAGGGUGCUCCAUCAAUAUCACCAGCUCUGCAGACUCCGAGGCGGUCACAUCUCGUAAGCUGGUGAAGGGCCAUGCCUACUCGGUGACCGGAGCAGAGCGGGCUGAAUACAGAGGGGACACGGUGCAGCUGAUAAGGAUUAGAAACCCAUGGGGGCAGGUUGAAUGGAACGGAGCCUGGAGUGAUAAUUCCUCUGAGUGGCGCUAUGUGAGUAGUGAAGACCGGGCCAAGCUCACAAACCGCAGCGAAGAUGGCGAGUUCUGGAUGGCGUUUCCCGAUUUCCUGCGCCACUACUCGCAGCUGGAGAUCUGCAACCUCACACCUGACGCGCUCACUAGCGAUGAGUAUGAGAAAUGGGCAUUGACGGAGUUUGAGGACAGGUGGAGAAAGGGUUCAACGGCCGGGGGAUGCAGGAACUACAUAGACACAUUCUGGAUGAACCCCCAGUUUGUCAUAAAGCUGGAAGAGGAAGACGACGACCCCGAGGACGGCGAGGAGGGCUGCACCUUCAUGGUGGGCGUGAUGCAGAAGAACAAGCGCCGAAUGAGGAAAAUGGGGCAAGACUUGGAAACCAUUGGCUUUGCCAUCUACGAGAUGCCUGAGGAGUUCGCUGGCAGCAGACAAGUGCAUCUGAAGAAGAACUUCUUCAGGUGCAACUGUUCUGCGGCUCGCUCCGAGACCUUCAUCAACAUGCGAGAGGUGUGCAGCCGCUUCUGUCUCCCCCCUGGAGAAUACCUCAUUGUCCCCUCCACCUUCGAGCCCCACAAGAACGCAGACUUCUACGUGCGGGUGUUCUCUGAGAAGCAAGCCGAUUUCCAAGAGAUUGAUGACCCUGUAGACUGUCAUGUCAAGCAGAUUGACGUUGAUGAAGACGACAUCAGUGGAAGGUUUAAGAGCCUGUUUGGUAAACUAGCAGGACAGGAUUUGGAGAUUUCUGUCUUUGAACUACAGAGAAUUCUGAAUCGAGUGGUGUCGAGGCGCGAGGACAUCAAGACCACUGGAUUUAGUCUGCCAACGUGUCGCAACAUGGUCAAUCUGCUGGACAAAGAUGGAAGUGGCAAACUGGGACUGGUUGAGUUUAAGAUCCUGUGGACGAAGAUCGAAAACUUCCUGACUCUGUACAGAGCGAGAGAUGUCGAUAACAGUGGCUGCAUGAGUUCUACUGAAAUGCGCGUGGCGGUGGAGGAAGCAGGAUUCUCUCUGAACAAUACCCUUCACCAGAUAAUUGUGGCCCGCUACAGUGAUCCAAACCUCACCAUCGACUUUGACAACUUUGUUGGCUGUUUGAUCCGCUUGGAGUUAUUUUUCAGCACUUUUAAGACCCUAGACAAGGAUGAGUCUGGAGAAGUUGAGUUGAAUAUGAUGGAGUGGUUGAAUCUGACGCUGUUGUAGAGCAGCUCUGAUGCGCCACACAGCUGAAGAAUCUGAACAGAUGCCCAUCAGCUUCAUACUGUACACCUUAGGCGGGCUUCAUACUGGACCCUGCAUGUUCUUCAGUAGCUAUUAAAUAUGUAUUGUGUGCGUUGCUUGAUCAAGGGCUACUUUAUGAAGUUUCUUUUUGACUUAGUUGUCAUUUAAGCCAUAUAAAGAAGAAAAUAAAUAUGUUUCUGGUU